AUGGACGAUGAGAGAUUGGCUUUGUUCAUGGAGAUCCUGUACGCACUUUGGUUAACUCGAAAUGAGCUGGUCUUCAACGACGGAAAUGCCACGGUGGAGCAAAUCCUCAAGCGCGGGAGUUCCUUUCACCAACCACAUGAACAACAGCCAGUUGGGUCGACCAUGACGCGCAACCUUCCAGCACAAUGGAGCUGCCCGCGAGCUGGAAUCUUCAAGGAGAAUUUUGAUGCAGCUAUUCAGAGUUCUGGUGAUGCAGGGAUGGGUCUUAUUGCUCGAGAUUUCCAUGGUGAGGUCCUUGCUGCUGCGUGCUGCCCUCUUGGACCUGUCACGUCCCCUACUGUGGUCGAGGCUAUGGCCUUGAGAUGGGCUUUGGUAAUGGAAAAGGAUCUUGGUUUCCGCCGGGUUGCAUUGGAGAUGAAUUGCUUGGUUUUGUUUGACGCAUGGCGUCGUGUAGGUGGUUUUUCUAUUUUGGAUUCUGUUGUUCAAGAUUGUCGUUAUUUACUUUCGUGUUUUGAUGUGUUAGAUUUUCUUUUUGUCCGUCGUUCGGGGAACCAAGCGGCGGAUGCGUUAGCUACUUUAUCCUUUUCUUUGGGUGACGUUGUUUGGAUUGAGGAGAUUCCUCAACAGUUAUUUGGCAUUGUCCAAUCUGAUGUAAUGGCCUUUAGGACUCUCGUUUCUUCUUAA